UCAGGAAUGACAUUUGUUUUUUAAAAACUUCUAUCAGUAUUUGCUUUUGGCACAAAAAAUUUAUUAUUUUACAAAUUUUAAGUUAACAAAAAAAAUGGCUGAGAAGCGGAAACUCCUCCAAUGCUAUAUGAGAAAUCUGAACGAGCUUCAGGACGAACUAAAGCGAAAGGAGCUGGAAAAGAAAAUGGUGGAGCUGGAGUUGUUGCAGCGCCAAAUGGCUCGUCGCCAGGAGCGUUCGGGUACCAAAUGCGCCGGCGGCAAGAUGAAGGAGCUGCGGCAGAAAAGAUUACGGAAGAUUCUUUGUUCCUACAUGUCGACGUUGGAGGGACUGCUCUGUGAGCUGGCCCGAAGGGAGGCCAGGCUUAACGGGGACAGGGGUCGGGCCAGCGAAUCCGAGAACCUGCAACAUCCGCAAAUGCUAGAGGAGUUCACAGUUGCCUUCUGUGCAGUCGGUGAAGACGGCCGGGAGCUGCUGGAGGCGGCUCUUUCCGCCCGCAGAUGCGCCUAUGCCCCGUACACCAAUUUCAGAGUAGGAGCAGCUUUCCGGUCCAAGUGCGGUAGGAUCUACACGGGCUGCAAUAUUGAAAACGUGGCGUUAACGCCGGGUAACUGUGCUGAGCGAUGUGCUUUGGCUAAGGGAAUAAGCGAGGGCGAGAAGAACUAUACAGCGGGCGCUGUUGUGGCCUAUCAUCCAGAUGUGUUCACAACACCUUGUGGCGUCUGCCGCCAGUUCAUACUGGAGUUCGUGCGAAAGGACAUCCCCAUCUAUAUUGCAAAAGCUCCGCCACCGGAACAGGAGAACUGCAUUCCUGCCAUCCAGGAUGACGAUGAAGUCCUAGUCACUUCCGCUUACCGUCUGCUUCCGUACAGCUUCAAUACAUGUGACGCAUAAUUUCCACACUGGUAUACCGUUUAGGUCCUUCUCCAAACUUUUGCGGUUGAAAGAUUUAAUUUAAAAUUUUAUUUAAAGUUAAAUUUCAAAUAAAUACGUUUAUUAAACGUUCAAGGGAGUAAGAUAAAAA